CGUCUUGCAUUCCUUAACGUCUUAACGGGUCGGUAGCCCGAAACCCCGUCUUCCCCAGCUCCGGCGAUCUCCACCACCACUGCAGCCGCCUUCCAUUUCCACCGGUCCGCCGGGCGGCUCUCUCCGUCUCCCCCCUCCACGAUCUGCGCCACCUUUCCCCAAUCCCGGCGGCGACCGGCUUGUCUACGGGCGUCGCUGCGGGAUCCCACCUGGGCGCAUCCGCCGCCAUGGGUCGAAGCGCCUGGGCGGUUCGGUUGGCUUCCCUCCUUGCACUUGGUUUGGUGCUCGGCUCCGUCGAGGCCAGCCUCGGGGAUAUUGAUCCGCGGUACAGAACCUGUGAGAGGGAGUGUCAAACUACAGGGAUCAUUGGGGAGAAUAUCAUCAGCCACUUCCAGUCCAAAGAUAAUGACACAUCUGUUGGAGGUUCUUGGUACAACCAGGAGGAAAUUUACAUGCAGUGGAAACAACUGAAUUGUUGGACAGAUUGUUGCUACUCCUGCAUGAUGCAGAGAGAAGGAGAACGGCAAUCUCUUGGCCUGAGCCCUGUUAAAUAUCAUGGAAAGUGGCCGUUCUUACGUAUUUCGGUGUUCCAGGAACCUCUUUCAGCUGCACUAUCUGCUGUGAACCUAUUUAUGCACUUCAUUGGCUGGCUUUCAUUUUUCCUUCUAGUGAAUUACAAAUUGCCUCUUAGACCCCAGACCAAGAGAAGUCACUAUGAAUAUACUAGCUUAUGGUAUAUCUAUGCAAUCUUAUCAAUUAAUGCAUGGUUCUGGAGCUCUAUCUUCCAUACUAGAGAUAUCGACUUGACUGAGAAAUUGGACUACUCUUCAGCUGUCGCCCUGCUUGGGUACUCUUUAAUCCUUUCAUUGCUACGGACUUUCAAUGUAAAAGAUGAGGCUACCAGGGUGAUGUUUGCUGCCCCAAUUCUGGCAUUUGUUACAACACACAUCUUGUACCUUAACUUCUAUGAGCUUGACUAUGUUUGUGUAGUGAUGGCUGUGGUUCAACUUCUGACAUGGGCAAUUUGGGCUGGUGUAACCCAACAUCCAUCACGACUCAAGCUAUGGACAGUUAUUUUUGGAGGAGCACUAGCUAUGCUUCUUGAACUCUACGACUUCCCUCCAUACAUGGGCUAUGCGGAUGCUCACUCACUGUGGCAUGCAAUCACCAUUCCACUCACAUAUCUCUGGUGGAGCUUCAUUAAGGAUGACGCCGAAUUCCGAACGUCAACUCUCAUGAAGAAGGCAAAGUAAGCAGAAGGACUACAGAUUGUUAACAUAGGAUCUGGGAGGAUCAGAAUUCAUGGCCCACUUGAGAAACAUUGCGACACUUGUGCUAUCAGACAUCACAAACUUUCAGAAUAUUUGGACCCUUGAUGCUGCUGUCACCAAUCUGAAAAGGGAUUCAUGUUCAUGCUCUCACAAUUUUGGUCCACAAGCUCAUCAUCUUCCUUCGGGCACAUAUCAGGCCCUUGUGAUCUGUCUGUUGAUUGCUGAACGAAAAUUCUGUGGUUGAAUUCGCAUCUUAUCUUUUUUUAUCUGAUGGGGCUUACAAGAUUA